UUGCUCAUAUUAUAAAACGUCACCAUUUCUGGUGUAGAACUCUUCAACUAAAGAGAUCUGAUUAUACCACGUUUCCGGUUUCAAGAAAUUGCUGUUUUCAAGAAUUUACCAGUGCAGUAUGGCACUCAGCAGUUCGCUGUGGAUGGGUGACCUGGAUACAUACAUGGAUGAAUUGUUUAUCAGUGGGGCAUUUCAACAGCUGGGAGAAAAUGUGCUGCAUGUGAAACUCAUCAAACACAAGAACACAAGUGCCUUGGCUGGAUAUUGCUUUGUUGAGUUUGGUGAUGCAGAGGCAGCCAACAGGGCCAUGUUGAAACUCAAUGGGAAGAUCAUCCCUGGGAGCAACCCUCCAAGACGGUUCAAGCUAAACCCAGCUAGUUAUGGAAAAGAACACAUGUUAUUACCCGAGUUUUCCUUGUUUGUUGGUGAUUUGUCAAGUGAUGUGGAUGACUAUCAGCUGUACAAUGCCUUCGCCAGGAGGUACAGAUCUGUCAGAGCUGCCAAAGUUGUUCUCGAUUCAACUGGUGCUACAAAGGGCUAUGGGUUUGUCCGCUUCUCUGAGGAAACUGACCAGCAGAGGGCUCUCAUCGAGAUGCAGCACAUGACCGGCAUAGGGCGUAAACCAAUCAGAGUCAGUCUAGCAUCGCCAAAAAGGCUGUCCGAUGGAGGUGGGUCCUACUCCUCAUCCUCCGGCUACUACCCUCAUUACAACAGCUACUACCCCAGCCCCUACUCCUGGGGCUCCUACAUGUACAACUACAACCACAUGCACCCCAGCAGCUCCUCACACCACCCAGAUGCCCAUGACUAUUAUGGGCAGUCCUAUGAUGAAGACAUGGAGGCUUUAGAAGAUCCAUGUGUAGAAGUGAACAUCAACAAAGAGAACAGAGAAUUUAUGGAAUCAAGCGAGGCAUUUUUCGAAGCUCUGGAGAGAUCUCGCUGGUUCCCUCUUGACUCGGUGGGGUCCCAGAUUCCCACACAAUGAUGUGGUUCUGUUACUGAUGAAUGAUGAAAGAAAGUUGAUGGUGUGUGUGGAUAUAAGUGAUCAUGUCAGCUGGACCAGUCCUCGAUAAUCCUGUGUAUUAAGUCUUCAUUCUAUUGUGAUAAAUACCAUGGACGGAUUUGCCAUCACAGCUUUGUUUUGAGGCCGGUUUCUUUGACAAUGCUAAUGAUAGACAUACAAUCAAAUUACAAUGUUCUUUCAAGCAGCAAUGGGGGGCACGGGGGGCCCAGUCGUCUAAGGUGCCGCGAUUUGCUGUGCAGAGUUGCAUGCCAGAAACCUAUGAUUGUGGGUUUGAAUCCCUGUUCGCCCUGAUUAUGUUUCUAGGUUUGU